AAAGAACCCCAUUCGAGAGUUCCGAAACAAGCCCUUGAGAUAUGGAAGACAAGCGAAAGGACGGCGGGAACCAACCCCCACACUCCGCCGCCGGAGAUUCCGCCGGAACUCCAUCUAAGCGUCCGGAGGCGCCGGCGGCCGAGCCACCUUCUUCGCGGCGGAGAGGCGGAAGCCACAAGAGAAAAGCCAGCGGCAAUGGCGCGACCCCUCCGACGACGUCGUCGAAGCGCCAAGCGCGCGAGAAGAACUCCUCGGCUGCGGCGGCUCCGAUCCACAACGGUCCGUUAACCAGAGCUCGGCAGUCUCCCGCCGCCGACGAGGCUGCGAAAGUCGAGGCGGCUGCGGCAGCGGAGGGAGCCAGUGGUCGGCAAGUGGCGAGGGCGGCGGCGGCGGUGGUGGAAGAGGAUUGGGAGGCCAAGGUUGAAGCUGAGUAUGGAGUGAUUAUAUCGCGUGGUGUUAAUGCUCAUGCAGUUCCGAUUCCCGCUGGUUGGUUUUCUUGGGCAAAAGUUCAUCCGUUGGAAGAACAAGCAAUGCCGUCUUUCUUCAAUGGAAAGACAGAGAACAGAACCCCAGAAGUAUAUUUGGACAUACGUAACUGGAUCAUGAGAAAAUUCCAUGCGAACCCUAGUACACUGGUCGAAUUGAAAGAUUUGUCGGAUCUCUCUGUUGGGGAGUUGGAUGCCAGGCAAGAGGUGAUGGAGUUUUUGGACCAUUGGGGUUUAAUUAAUUAUCACCCAUUUCCAGAGAAUGGUUCUGCUGUGAACCCUUGUGGUGAUGGGGAAGCGAAGACAAAUUCGUUGGUUGAGAAAUUGUUUCGAUUUGAAACAGAACAAUCGUGUGCUCCAGCGGCAACUAGAACUAAUGUAAUUACACCAGCUGCUCCAUCUGGGGUAUUUCCAGAGUCAUCUCUUGCUGAAGAAUUAGCAAAGACUGAGGAGGGCCCCUCUGUUGAAUAUCAUUGCAAUUCUUGCUCAGCUGAUUGUUCCCGUAAGCGCUACCACUGCCAGAAGCAGGCUGAUUUUGAUUUAUGUAGUGAAUGCUUCACUAACGGGAAGUUUGACUCUGAUAUGUCCCCAACUGAUUUUAUUCUCAUGGAGCCUGCUGAGGCUGCUGGUGUAAGCGGCGGGAAGUGGACAGAUCAGGAAACCCUCCUCCUCCUUGAAGCGUUGGAGCUAUAUAAAGAGAACUGGAAUGAGAUUGCAGAGCAUGUCGCAACAAAAACUAAAACUCAAUGUAUUUUGCAUUUUGUACAAAUGCCAAUUGAGGAGACUUUUAUGGACUGUGAUGAGGAAAUUGAUGCUAGUGUUAAAGAAAAUGCAGAUCCAGCGACACAAAAUAAUGAUUCUUCUGCUCCUAAAGAUCCAUCUGAAACAACAGAGAGUACAAGUAUUGCAGAUGAAAAUAAGCCUGAUUCUUCCCCAAUGGAAAUUUUGAAGCUGGAAGAUACCAGUGAAGUGAAAGUUGGUCAGGAAACUAAUGAGAACUGUGCCCUAAAAGCACUCAAGGAAGCAUUUGAAGCUGUGGGGUCUUUUCCUGGGCCUGGGGACCAGUUUUCUUUUGCUGAAGCAGGAAACCCUGUCAUGGCAUUGGCAGCAUUCCUGGUAAGAUUUGCUGAACCCAAUGUGGCUGCUGCCUUGGUCAGAAGUUCUUUAAAGUCUAUUUCUGGCAACUCUUCCAGCACACAGCUGGCUGCGAGGCAUUGUUUUCUUCUCCAUGAUCCUCCACCAGAUGACAAGAAAAAAUCAGCUGAUUCUGAGAGAUCUGGUGCUGAAACGGUUGGACAGGAUGCUCUGAAUGAUGGGAAGGAAAAUCUGGAAAAUAAAGAAGAAAAGUCUAAAUUGAUAUUGGACGGCGGCGAUUUACCAAGCAGUCACGGUGAUGAAAAGGACAAAGAUUCUAGCAGAAAAGAGGAGCUGUCAAUUUCUCCUAAUGGUGGAUUUAUAGAAAAGUCUCAUCCAAAAGACCUAGUGACAGCAGGUGCAAAAGAAUCAGAUGAUUUAACACCCAAACCAGAGAUUCGUCGGAGUUCUGUGAAAGUGCCAGCUGAUAGCUCAAAAGUGAUAACCAAUGAGGAUGGAGGACUAGUUUGUCCAAAUGAAUCGGAUAACCCAGAUUUGCCAAAAGACGCGGCAGCAAGAUCUGCAAAAGAAUCAGAUGACUUGACAAGCAAAGAAGACAUUCCUUCAAAGUCUGAUGGAGCUUUAGAGGGAAGGCCCUCUAAUUGUACAGAGGCUUCAAAGGAUGUAGUUGCUGCUCCUGAUGCUCUUCCCUCAGAAAAGGAGGAGUCUAAGGAGCUGAUCACGUCAAAUUCCAUUACAGAAAAUGGAAGAAAAACAGGUGAAGAAGGGAUUAAAGACUUUAAAAAUGAGAAUGAAGAACCUUUGGAGUCCAAAGACUACCACAACAUUGAUAAGGUGAAGCGUGCUGCUAGUACUGCAAUCUCUUCUGCAGCAGUGAAAGCAAAGCUUCUUGCGGACCAGGAGGAAGACCAAAUUCGACAGCUUGCUUCAAUGUUGAUAGACAAACAGUUACACAAGUUGGAAACCAAAUUAGCUUUCUUCAGCGAUAUGGAAAGUGUGGUUAUGCGAGUUAGGGAGCAAAUGGAGAGAUCAAAGCAGCGGCUUUACCAAGAGCGAGCACAUAUCAUUGCAUCCCGUAUGGGCAUGCCGGCUCCAUCUUCUAGGCCUAUGCAACAAUCAAUACCUAUCAACAGAGUUGCAAUGGGUUUUGCAAACUCACCAGCAAAGCCCCCCAUGGGUAUGAGCAUGACCACUCAAAGGCCACCGAUUUCGAGGUCUAUGAUGAUGUCAUCUCCUUCUGCUCCGAACACAUUUGUACCUGCUACAUCAGCUGGAAAUCCAGUUCGGCCUACCAACCAGGACAAAAUUUCUUUUGGCCCAAAGUAACCAUUGCUCAAGAAACAUGCAAAUACAAAACCUCAUUCAUGCUUUCUGGUUCUUCACUAUUUCCUCCAAUUUGUUGCCAGUGUUGGAUGAAGUCCUUGAAGAUCACAAGUGAAGUUAUACGCCAAGAUUGAGAAGAAAGAAGAUUUAGAUUGCACUGGCUUAUUGAUAAACUCCUUCUGUCCUCCCAUGUGGAAGCAGCAGCCAUUUCUGAGGACUAGAUUUUGUAUCUUUGUUUUGACCAUUUUCUUAAGUCAUUGAGUAGGUAUCUAAGUUAGUUGAAUCGAUACCCGUUGAAAUGUCUGUAGUAUUUGUAUCCAUAUCUAAAUUAUAUCAGAUGUUUGUUGCAAGAUGUAGGAAAGAACGGCAAUGGUGGAGAAAUAUUUAUGCGUGCUUCAGUGUUGUGCUUC